AUGGAGACCCAGCAAGAUGUGCAGCCACCAAGGCAGCAGCCUAUGUUUUAUAUAUGUGGAGAGUGUCACACCGAAAACGAAAUCAAAGCUCGCGAUCCGAUUCGGUGUCGAGACUGCGGCUACAGGAUCAUGUACAAGAAGAGGACAAAUAGAUUGGUUGUUUUUGAUGCUCGCUGA